GCCUGAGAGAGAGGAGGAAGAGGGAUCGAGCAUCUUCUUUCGACGGAGAAGGAAUCUAGUGGAGAGAAGAAACCCUCUAACCUUCAAAACUUCACCUGGAUAAUAUCUGUUCUGAGUGGGGGGAAGGAAGAUAGCGAAGAUGAAGACGACGAAGGGAGGCAAGGUGAUGAACCCUACCGACGCUUACCGCAAGGAGAUCCGGAAGAAGGAAUUGAAACGCAACAAGAAAGAGAGGAAGAAGGUGAGAGAAGUGGGGCUUUUGAAGAAGGAUCCUGAGCAAAUCAGAGAGCAGAUCAGGAAACUAGAAAUGUCAAAGGCUGAAGGCGCAUUGGACAAAGCAAGAAAACAUAAAAAGAGGCAACUUGAAGAUACAUUAAAUAUGGUCAUGAAGAAGAGGAAGGAAUAUGAGGAGAAACUGAAGGAGCAGGGAGAGCCCUCGACCUCUGUUAUGUUCAGUCAUCUUCCCCCUCAACGGAUGACACCAGCGGAAGAAGAAGAAAGAUCAAAGCACCUAAAACCUGAAGACUCUGUUUAUUAUCACCCUACAUUGAACCCAACUGGUGCACCACCCCCUGGGAAGCCACCCAUGUAUAAAUCAUCAAUAGGAGCGAGAAUUCCACUGGAUGGUACUUCAUCGAGUGGUGCUGCAUCAUCUUCGAAUCCCGAGUCAGAAGAUAUUGCCUUAGCUGCUCCACCUCCUCCACCCCCACCGCCGCCGCCUCCUUUACCAGAUGGCAGUGUUCCUGGCUCCAAUGAUGGAAAUGCUUUACUCGCCUCUUUGCCACUCCCACAGCCACCUCCAUUGCCGCCAACGCCUCCUGCUCCAAGUACGGGUAUUACUUUACCACCUCCGCCUUUUCCACCCCCACCCCCUGGCCCACCACCCAAAGAGCAUGUCACAAUUCCUCCUCACCUUCCUCCACCUCCUCCAUCUGCCCAGCCACCUCCACCUGGCCUCAGCGGAAGUGAGAACGGCAGAAGUAUCUCUGCAUCAUCAUUAGAUCAAAAGCAGAUGACUACUGUGACUUCUGUACUUCCUCCCCCACCCGGGCUGCCUCCAAAUUCUCUAAGCAACGAACAAGAGGACGGUCCAGGAGAAUCUAAUGCCAAUAAUCUUCAAGAUGUUUAUGAUAUCCCUAAGAUGAUCCCACCGCACCUACCAGUUGUUGGAUCUGCUUUACUGCCUAGCUUGCAGCCCGAUGCACCUCCUCCUGGAAUACACCGUUUUCCACCGCCACCACCUCCUCUCGAUAUGCGUCCACUAUCUGCUCCUGGACUUCCGGGUCAAUUACCGCCACCUCCUCCUGGAAUGAUGGCUUCUCUAGUUCCAAGGCCGCCACCAUACGGUCCACCACCUGGCCUGCCGCCGAUGAUGAGACCCCCACUUCCACCUGGACCUCCACCUAGCUUUCACGAAGAUGGCCAAGCCAUGAGCCGACCAACUGUGCCACAGAAGCCAUCAUAUGUGAAAUCCGCUGCUCCCACUGUUGUCAAGAGGCCACUCGCUCAACACACUCCCGAACUCACAUCCAUGGUUCCUGCAUCAGUUCGGGUGAGGAGGGAAUCAGCAGCUCCAAAACCAAAGCCGAAGACAUCAAUGGUGGGCGGUUUGGUUUCAGCUCCAAAGCCUAUGGCUCAUGCAAUGGUGAAGUCUGAGUCUGGCAAAGCGAAAGCUGCUGUGUCGUCGAAGCCGCAGCAGAGCAUUGAUGACUCUUACAUGGCCUUCUUGGAGGACAUGAAAGCUCUUGGUGCUCUUGAUUCCUAAUACCUUGAAAUUUGGACAAGUUUGAAUCAUAUUGUUGUAGGAGUCGAUAAGGUUUUUUUUUUUUUUUUCCAAAUGUUUUGUUGGAAGCGUAAACUUCAAAUGCAUGUGCUAAAAAGAAUUUUCAAAAAAAUAUGUGGUCACACACCAUUGAAGAUA